CUCCCGCGCCAUGGGCAAGGACCAGGAGCUGGUGCAGGCGGUGAAGACGGAGGAUGUGGGCGCCGUGCAGAAGCUGCUGCAGAGGCCCAGGCCGGGAAAAGCCAAGCUCCUGGGCUCCACCAAGAGAGUGAAUGUCAACUUCCAAGACACUGAUGGGUUCUCAGCCCUCCACCACGCCGCCCUCAAUGGCAACACGGAGCUCAUCGGGCUGCUCUUGGAGGCUCAGGCCGCUGUGGACAUCAAAGACAACAAAGGUAUGCGGCCUCUGCACUAUGCUGCCUGGCAGGGCAAGAAGGACCCCAUGAAGCUGGUGUUGAAGGCCGGCUCCGCCGUCAACAUCCCAUCCGACGAGGGACACAUCCCCCUACACCUGGCAGCCCAGCAUGGCCACUAUGAUGUGUCGGAGAUGCUGCUUCAGCAUCAGUCCAACCCUUGUAUUGUGGACAACUCCGGGAAGACCCCACUGGACUUGGCCUGUGAGUUUGGCCGGGUUGGGGUGGUGCAGCUGUUGCUAAGCAGCAACAUGUGCGCAGCCCUGCUGGAGCCCAAGGCUGGGGACUCGGCCGAUCCCAACGGGACCAGUCCCCUGCACCUGGCCGCCAAGAAUGGCCACAUCGACAUCAUCAGGCUCCUGCUGCAGGCGGGCAUCGACAUUAACCGGCAGACCAAGGCGGGCACGGCGCUCCACGAGGCCGCUCUCUGCGGGAAGACGGAGGUGGUGCGACUGUUGCUGGAGAGCGGGAUCAAUGCUCACGUGAGGAACACCUACAGCCAGACGGCACUGGACAUCGUCAACCAGUUCACCACCUCCCAGGCCGGCCGCGAGAUCAAACAGCUGCUCCGAGAAGCUUCAGCGGCUCUCCAGGUGCGGGCCGUGAAGGAUUACUGCAACAACUACGACCUGACCAGCCUCAACGUCAAGGCCGGAGACGUCAUCACUGUUCUAGAGCAGCAUCCGGACGGCCGCUGGAAGGGCUGUAUCCAUGACAACCGGACCGGUAACGACCGUGUGGGCUACUUCCCGUCCACCCUGGUGGAGGCCAUCAGCAAACGAACAGGUCCCCGUGGAGCCGACAUGAGCCCUUCCCUCCCGUCCUCAUCCUCGUCCCCAUCCCCGGGCGGCUCGGCCACGGUGCCCGUCCCGGCCCCCUCCGAGGACAUCUGGGUGCUGCGGAAGCCCUUCGCCGGCGGUGACCGCAGCAGCCUGGGCAGUACGGGCAGCGUGGCCAGUGCCCGGAGCUCAGGCAGUGGGCAGAGUGGCGGGAGCGGGGUCCACGCUCUGCACGCUGGCUCCGAAGGAGUCAAGCUCCUGGCCACAGUCCUGUCUCAGAAGACUGUCCAGGAGACAGUCAUUGGGGAUGGUCCCACCAAGCCCCCGGAGAGCUCUACAGGUUCACGGGAUCAGAGCACUGGGUUCGCCACACAGCCCUACGGUGGAGAGCAGCCGGCUAAGAAGGUGGAAUCUGCUUCGGAGGGGAAGAGCUCCGAGGCCGUCUUCCAGUGGCUGGGCCAAUUCCAGCUCCAGCUGUACGCCCCCAACUUCAUCACUUCGGGCUACGACCUGCCCACCAUCAGCCGGAUGACCCCCGAGGACCUGACGGCCAUCGGGGUCACCAAGCCGGGGCACCGAAAGAAGAUCACGUCGGAGAUCAGCGGCCUGGCUCUCCCCGAGUGGCUGCCCAACCACAAGCCCGCCAACCUGGCGGUGUGGCUGUCCAUGAUUGGCCUGGCGCAGUACUACAAGGUCCUGGUGGAUAAUGGCUACGAGAACAUCGACUUCAUCACCGACAUCACCUGGGAGGACCUGCAGGAGAUUGGCAUCACCAAGCUUGGCCACCAGAAGAAGCUCAUGCUGGCGGUGAAGAAGCUGGCCGAGCUGCAGAGGGCCGAGUGCGGCAAGUACGAGGCGGGCACCCUGCGCCGGAGGGCCCCGCCGUCGCCGGACCUGAUGGGCAUCGAGUCCCCGCCCCCGGCCGAGCCCGCCGCCGCCGCCGACUGCCAGUCGCCCAAGAUGGUCACCUUCCAGGACAGCGAGCUGAGCGACGAGCUGCAGGCGGCCCUGACGGUGGGUCCGGGCCCCGGAGAGGGGCCCGACGGGGCGGCCGGGGCCGUCAGCCCCCCGCCGGCCCCCGCCGCCCGGGCCGGCUCCCUGCGGCGGGAGGGCGGCCUGGGCGGCCGGGCUCGCCACAUGAGCAGCUCGCAGGAGCUGCUGGGCGACGGGCCCAGGCCGGCGGGGGGGCCCAUGUCCCGGAGCCAGGAGCACCUGGCCGACGACGGCGGCGGAGGCGGAGGAGGGGGAGAGGGAGGCCCGCCCGUCGCUCCCGCCAAGGAUGCCCGCGUCUCGCGGCCCGCGGCGGGCAGCGUCAAGCGGGCCAGCGUGCCCCCCGUGCCCGGCAAACCCCGGCAGUCCUUCCCCCCGGCCGGCGGGGCCUUCACGACGCCGCCGCCCACCCCCAGCAAGCCGAGGCCGGGCUCUCCGGUCCCGCCGGCCACGGCCAAGGUGAAGCCCACGCCGCAGCUGCUGCAGGCCCAGGCCGAGCGGCCCCUGUCCCCGCGCUCGCUGCCGCAGUCGCCCACCCACCGCGGCUUGGCCUACGUGCUGCCCCAGCCCGCGGAGGGCGAGGCGGGGCCGGCGCCGUCGCCCGCCCCGGCCCACGUGCCCGGCCCGGUGCCCCUGCUCUGCCUGCCGCCCGCCGCCGCCUGGGGCGAGGAGGCCGCAGCCGGGCCCGGGGAGGCCCCCGGGCGGCCCAAGAAGCGGGCCCACAGCCUCAACCGCUCGACGGCGGCGGGGCCGGCGGGGCCGGACGGCGAGCCGGAGCGCGGGGACCUGCUGGGCCCGGCCGGCGGGCCCUACGCCACGGUCCAGCGGCGGGUGGGCCGCAGCCACUCGGUGCGGGCCCCGCCGGGCGCCGACCGGAACGUCAACCGCAGCCAGUCCUUCGCCGUGCGGCCCAAGAAGAAGGGCCCGCCGCCGCCGCCGCCCAAGCGGUCCAGCUCGGCCAUGCCCAGCGCCGGCUCGGCCGAGGGGCCGGACGGGGCCGGGGCCGGGGCCGGGGCCGGGGCCGGGGCCGGGGCCCGGGCCCAGCGGCGGCGGGCCAGCGACCUGGCCGGGGGCAGCGUGGACACGGGCAGCGCGGGCAGCGUCAAGAGCAUCGCGGCCAUGCUGGAGCUGUCGUCCAUCGGCGGCGGGGCCCGGGCGGGCCGCCGGCCCCUGGGCGGGGGAGGGGGCCAGCCCCCCGACGGCCCCGACCGGGCCCCGGCCGCCGGCAAGCCCAAGGACGCGGCCGUCGGGCCGGACGGCGAGGUGGUCAACCGGCGGCGCACCCUCAGCGGCCCGCUCACCGGGCUGCUGCUGGCCGCCCGCCGCGGGGGGCCCGACGCCCCCGCGGCGGGGGGCCCCUCGCCCGAGGACGGCGGCCCGGCCGGCCGGCAGCGGGCCCGGGGCGGGGGCGAGGCGGGCGAGGCGGGCGAGGCGGGCGAGGCGGGCGAGGCCGCCCCCGGCCCCAGGCCCGGGGAGCUGGGCCGGGUGGAGGCCAGCGCCACCCUCAAGCGCCGGAUCCGGGCCAAGCAGGGCCAGCAGGGCCAGCAGGACAGCGUCAAGUUCAUCCUCACCGAGUCGGACACCGUGAAGCGGCGGCCCAAGGCCAGGGACCGCGACCCCAACGGGCCGGACCCGGCCGCCCUGGCCGUCUACCACAACGGGCCCGGGGGGGCCCCCCCCCGCCGGCGGCUGGCCUCCGAGCCCGACGGCCCCCCCGCCGGGCCGCCCCCGCCCCCGCCCCCGCCCCCCGGCCACCCCGAGGCCUUGCCCCCGCCCCCCGCCCCCGACGGCGACGCCAGGAAGCCGGCCAAGCCCCCCGUGUCCCCCAAGCCCGUGCUGGCCCCGCAGGCCCCCGGCACGCUGGCCUCGCCCACCCCCGCCUCCAAGAAGGUGCCGCUCCCCAGCCCCGGCAGCCCAGAGGUGAAGCGUGUCCACGGGACCCCUCCACCGGUGUCCCCCAAGCCAGCCCCGCCCCCCACGGCCCCCAAGCCGGUCAAACCCCACGCGGUCCUCCAGUCCGUCAGCACCACCCCGACGCCCAGUCCAUCACCCGCCCGGCAACCGGUGCCGGCCAUCAAGCCGGCCAGCACCCCACCUUCCCUGUGUGCCAGCCCCGCCAAGCCCCUGUCGCCCGGGGGUCUCCCGCAGCAGGUGCCCACGAAGCCGCCCCGCGCCUCCGUGGCUGGGCUUUCGGCGGAAGGCGGCCCCAGCGACAGUGUCCAACAGAAGCUGGAGGAGACCAGCGCGUCCUUGGCCGCUGCCCUGCAAGCUGUAGAAGAAAAGAUCAAGCAGGAGGAUGGACAGGCGGCCGAUGCUGCGGCCGGGACCAAGAGCGCGGGCAGCAUCCUGGACGACAUAGGCAGCAUGUUCGACGUCCUGGCUGACCAGCUGGACGCUAUGUUGGAGUGAGCGCAGCGUGGGAGCCCGCGACCUCAGGACCGCGCGCGGACCUCACCCUGCCACCCCAUCUCCCUCCUUCCCACGUCUCCCUCGUCUCCCCCGUCUCCCGCACAGCCCGGUCCACCCCGCCUCGCUCCCCGGCCACGUGCAAGAAGAUGAUUUCUCUCAGGAGCCGCGGCGCCGGUGGGACCCGGUCACACGGCCUCCGGGGGGAGGUGCGGGGUGGCCCACGGUUCCCACGGACACGCGGCGAGGGCCGGGCCAACAUCCAGGAGCGGCUCUGCCCACCUCCUUCUAGGAGACCCUUGGGCCCUGGGUCCCGGCGUCAGUGUUGCAAUGUCAGAAGGUGUGGUCUCCCUUCCCAAUCACCUUCUCCGGGAGCCUUGGCCUGGAGGGGAAGAGGUGGCUGUGUGCCCAGGCCGGGAAUGGGGACUGGGGGGAUUUGGGCGCCGGACCAGGGGUCGCUGGAGUCCGAGGGAAGGAGGCCGGUGGGGGCAGCUGGGCCUGGACCCGCAGCCGGCACCCACAUCCUCGAGCCCAGCCCUGCUGCCUGUCUACCUGCCCGGGCCCUGGGGGGAAGUGGGGUGGGAGUGUGGGGCAAGUGGCAGCCCCCUGGUGCGCCACGGGUAAAGGAGGGGGAUGGGGAGUGCCCCACCCACCUCCUCCUUUGAUCCCCGGCCUCCCCCUGCUCCAUCAUCUCCCUCCCCACCCCCUCGACCCCAGAAACAAGCACAAGUCCCAGCAGGGCGGCGGGGGACUGCCUGGCUUCUCCACCGUUUCAGUCCAAGGGCUCCGGUCACUGGCCUCUUUGCCAAGUGACCACUUUGCGGCGUCUUUAGGGGCCCGUUUGACUUCUCUGCCCCCGCUUCUGCCCUCCCUCUCUUCCCUGGAGCUCUUCUCUCUGGCCCCAGCCCAGCUCCCGUCCCACCCCGGCAUGGCUCUCCCAGGAGUCAGAGGGGGGCUGAGGAACGGGCCUGAGGCCAGCACCCCCUGGAAGGGGUGGGUUAAGGGCUUCUGGGGCAAGAUGAUGAGCCUGUGGAAAGAAGGGGCAGAGGCUAGAGGGAUUGAGAGCUGGGGUUAGGGAGGGGGUCCACCUGGAGGCAGCCCUGUGCCCCCUCUCCCUGGCAUGGGGUUAAUGGGGGACACCUCAAUUCUCGGGGUGGGGGCAGCAGCAGGGUUGGAUGGGGGGUGAGAGCCCCCUCCGCCCCCACCAGGACCAGUGGGUCAGGGAAGGGUGGUCCUAGCCCUAUAACUCAAGGACCCCCUCCCCUCUUCCCAGCCACAGAGCACAGCACUCCUGAACCACAGCACAGGCCUUGCUCCAGAUCGGGGACAGAGGAUGCUCGGGUGGAGCUCCUCCACUCCACCAUCUCUAUCUCCAAACUGGCUUGGCCCUGACCCCCUGACCCUGAGCCCAGCUCUGGAGCAGCUCUUCCCCCAUCCCCCCCAUCCCAGCGGUCCCUCCUCCAGGCCCGCUUCCUGACAACAGAGCACAAGUGGGCUGAGGCCUGAGAGCCCUGUGGCUGACGGGAGCCGGGCCUGGGCGAGAGGGGGCUUCCCCUGCCCCGAAGGCCAGGAGCCGCUAUGGACCUAGAGAGCAGUAGCAGAGUAUUAAUUUAUUGCAAGAGCUGAGGCCCAGCUCCAGAAGGGUAGAACUGUUCACUUUAACAAAUAAUAUAUUUAAAGAAAGAAAUACUAUGGAGUCCUAUAGAGAAGCAUUUUUAAGAGUCAAGAGGAAACUGGAUUUUCGCUCGAGGCAAAAAGCCCGUGAGCCCGUCCACCCGUGGCCGGGACCGUUUCUCCGGGAGCACAAAGAGGAGGCGCCCAGCCCCUCCACGGGCAGAGCCCGAGGGCGGCUCCGGCCCCUCGCCCGGCAGUAUUAGGAAGGACAGGAUGGGCAGUGCCAGUUCUCAAGGUCUCGCCCUCGGUGUCUGCCGUGGAGACUGAGGUGUGGGGGUGGGGUGGGAGGGAAUGCGUGUGCGUGUACAUGUGCGUGGGUGUAUGCCGAAACCGCCCCGCCCCUCCCUCUCUGUGGCUAUCUCCUGCCCAAACUCGGUCGCCCCGGUUCUGUUCGGGUCCCGGCCAAGGCCUGUGUCCGUGGUUUGAAACAGUGUCGCCGUAUGUGGUCCUCGCUCCCAGAGCAGCACUGACUGACGUGUGUGUGUGUGUGAGUGAGUGUGUUUGUGUGCGCCCGUGGCGGGGGUGCUCCUCCAUCCUUGCGUCCGGCACAAUGUGGAAAUGACAAGAGGAGAAAAAGAGCAUGAACAUAGGCGCUGUAGAGAAAGACGUAUCUAGACCCCAUCCCGAGAGGCCGCCGUGAUGGAUCUAUACAUAUAUAUAUAUAUAUCUAUUUUUUUUAUGAUUACGUUCUGGAAUCUACUGUAACCCCAACCCGUCCCUGCGAUGCGUCUGGUGCUUUUUCCAUGCUGACCUGUGCUCUCGCCUCCCCCUGGAUUAUUAUCAGAAUCGUGGAUGGUCUGUGGUGCCGAUACCCAAUCUAUUAAGUCUGGCAACCAAUAUCAAAAAAAAGAUGGAAAUAAAAAAUAAAUAACAAAAAGAGAGAGAGAGAAAGAGAGAGAGAGACUGACCGAACUGGGCCAGCCCCCACUCCUUCUCACGCUGACCGUCAGGGAAAACUGUUGGGUUUUUUUCGCCAAGAGCAGGGCAGCCAUUACCUGGGGCCGCCGCCCCCAGGAUGGGAAGCAGUGUGGCCUUGUGGAAAGAGCACGGGCCUGGGAAUCAGAA